UUUCUGACCCCAUUUUUGGUGUUUCUGAUCCCAUUUUUGGUGUUUGAUCCCAUUUUUGGUGUUUGAUCCCAUUUUUGGUGCGUUCUGAUCCCAUUUUUGGCGUUCCCACCCCAUUUUUGGUUUCUGAUCCCAUUUUGGUGCGUUCUGAUCCUAUUUUUGGUGUUUCUGAUCCCAUUUUGGUGCGUUCUGAUCCCAUUUUGGUGCGUUCUGAUCCUAUUUUUGUGCGUUCUGACCCCAUUUUUGGUGUUUCUGCUCCCAUUUUUGGUGUUUCCGCCCCCAUUACGGAUAUCCUGCUCCCCAUUCCCGUCCCCCCCUUUCCAGCUGCCCCCCCCUGGCCGUGGCUCUGGCUCUCAGCCGCCUCUCAGCCGAACGCCCCCAGGACUCCUCAGCCCUUCGCUUCGACGUCGUCUCCCUCAGUGACUCCAUGGGCUGGGAGCUUCCCUUGGUCAAAAGAGCCCUGAGACAACUGCAGUGGGAGCAGCACCCCAGGACAGCUGCCCCCUCCUCCCGCAGCGGCGUCACGGUGGAGCUGUCGGAGCUCUCCUUCCACCUGCGCUCCUUUGGGGACCUGAGCCACGCCGAGCUGGACGCCGUCUGCCACUUCCUGCAGCGCCGCCUGGAGGAGCGCCAGCAGGGGGCGCUGCGUCAGCUCACAGCCUGCAGGAGAGCCUUCCGCAGGUCAGCUAUGGGGCGCCUGAGGGUUCACUGCGGUCCUGGUUGGGGUUCCCAAUGUCCCUCAUUUGGGAUUCCCAAUGUCCAUCAUUUUGGG